AUGGGCACGUCAUCGGUAUAUCGCUCGAGUCAACGUGUUAUCAAUUUUGCAGAAUUGUGCUUUUAUUGUGUCAAGAGACAGCCAGCGAUAUCACAUGGUUCUCCAGCAUCUCCCGUACAUCCCCAUAACGCCCGAGAUGUUGGAGCAGUGAAGGCCAAUGUUUUCGAGAUUGUCGAUAUUUCCAAGGAGUACUACUACGGGGAUACUAAUCCAUACCAUAGCAUUGCAAACAUAUUCUAG